GCAUGCUGUUAAUUAUCUUUUUGUUUUUGUUUUCUGCCUUAGAUAUAAUCUAUAAUUUUCAAAAUCUAGUAAUGAUUACUUUCUCAUUUCUCUAUUGGUGUUGUUAAAAUAUAAUCGACAUCUUAAUAAUAUUGAAUGCACUUCUUUGUAAAGUAUGAAAUGCAUGCUAUAAAACUAAAAUUUAAACAUGUGCAAUAAAUCUAAAAAUUGAGGAGGAUUUUCAUAUAGGAUUAGCUUUGCUAGUUUUUUAAUUUUAUGAAUGAUUGGGGGAUGAUGUCUUUGCUGGCCUAGAGUAUAGAUAGGCUAAAAUGUAAUACCAUAGAUGGACUACUCGCCGAAAACUCGAUGAGUAGCAAAAACUCGUUGAGUUUUUGGGCCAGGCGAGUAGAUUUGACUUCUACUUGCCCCCAAAACUUGGCGAGUCCGAGUUAAAAACUUGCUCGAUUGUUCCUCAUAGCCGAAAACAGUAGAAAGAUGAUGCAUUUUGUGUUUUUGGAUUGGGUUUUGGGCUGAGAAGGGGGAAGUUGACUUAGAGUGACUUGCAAAGUGAUUUGGAGUGAUUCCAAGUGGAUUUGAAGGGGAUUUUCAAGAAAAAUCAGAUUCCCAGGUUAGUUUUUUAAUUUUUUUUCUAUGCUUUUUUAAAACAAUUUGUUUAUUUUUUGUUGCAUCUAGAUGGAUUAGAAAUGAUUCCUAGGUAGUCUAAAUCCUUUCUAAGUUAUUUGCACAAGAUUUAACACUAGAUUUGACAAGUUUUGUUGAGUUUUUCACAAUUUUUUUGAAGAAUCUAGUUUUAAAAAAAAAAUUCAAACCCUAAUAUUUAAAAAAAAACAAACUUCGAAUGAUGUCUAAAUUUAUUUAAACUAAUGUAGAUAGUUUGCUAAAUUGUUUAACUAAAAUGUUAAUUUUUUUUUUCACUUUGUAUGUGUAGGUUAAGUAAGCAUUAAUCAUGGCAAGGGAGCAAUGGCCACUAGAUCCAUGCUCAUCUGGAUAUAUAGGCACCCGUCCUAGAGGUGCUAGAGAUGGGGCAUGGAGGUAUGCCUAUGAGGGACCCGAUCCUGGGUCAGUUAUAUGCAUAAAGUGUGAGAAACUACUUCAUGGAGACAUCAAUUGCCUCAAAUACCACCUUGCAGGAAUAGACAGGCAUGAUGCUACAACAUGCCUUGAGACCAAUGAAGAAAUAAAAAGACAAAUGAAUGCCCUACUUGCAGCUGGGGAAGAGAAGAAAUUGCAAAGGGAGAGGGCAAAGCUAGCCAUGAGAUCAACCAUAGCUAAAUCUCAAGGUGUUUCUGUUGACAUUGAAGAGGAACAAGAAGCAUUUGAUGGCAUAGUGGGCUCUCGGCGUGGCCCACGUAUCCGCAAACCCACCACCACCUCGCCCAUCGCUUCUGCUUCCUCUAGUAGAGUACUUGGCACUAUUCCACUUCCAUCAUCACGAUCAGGGUCCAUAGGUGAUUAUUUUGUGCCCAGGAACACACUUGGAGCACAACCAUCAUUAGAGGCCAUUGGAUGGAAUAAGGAGGUACAUGAGAAAACUGACAUUGCAGCAGCUGAUUUUUGGUACUUCAACAACAUUUCAUUCAAUGUGGGGGACAAUCCUUAUUGGCUGAAUUUGGUGAUUGCUAUGUCAGUUUUAGGAAAGGGGUACAAGGCCCCUUCUCACAAGGAUUUGAGUGGGAGGUUGCUCACAAAUGCAGUUGCUAGGCCAAGAGAAGUGAUGGAUCAAAAAAUUGAAUGGGCAAAUUAUGGCUGCACCAUUCUUUCUGAUGGGUGGACAAAUGGCAAGAACCGCACCAUCAUCAAUUUUUUGGUUGCUUGCAAGGACAAUGUAGUGUUCUUGAAAUCUGUCGAUGCCUCCAACAAGGUGAAAAAUGCAGAAACAUUGGCUAGAAUGUUGGAGCAUGUCGUCAUGGAGGUGGGGGUAGAGAAUGUGGUGCAAAUCAUCAUAGAUAAUGCAGCAACAUAUGUGUCAGCAGGAAGAAUCCUCCAAGAGAGGCACCCCACUCUUUUUUGGACACCUUGUGCAGCACAUGUCCUUGACCUUCUUUUGGAGGACAUAGGAAAACUUGAGUGGGUCACUCCAGUUGUGGAAGAUGCAAGGAGGAUCACCAAAUAUAUUUAUAAUCACCCUUGGGUCCUAAAUUUGAUGAGACAACACACCCAAGGGAAAGAUUUGGUGAGAGAUGGUGUCACAAGGUUUGCAACGAUUUUCUUGACGUUGCAAAGCCUUCUUGCUGCAUUGACUUCUUUGAAACAAAUGUUUGUGAGUGGAGAAUGGCUUAACUCACCUUAUUCAAAGAAGCCUGAAGGAGAGGUUGUCGCAUGCAUAGUCUUCGACAACCAAUUUGCACAAAGGGCUGCAGAGAUUGUGAAGGUGUCAGAGCCCUUGGUUCGAGUUCUUCGCUUGGUGGAUGGGGAUAAAACUCCAAUGGGAUAUCUUUAUGAGGCCAUGGAUAGGGUCAAGGAGUCUAUCAAAAAUUACUACAAGGGGGAUAGACUCAAAUUUGAUCCCAUUUGGGAAAUUGUUGAUAGGAGGUGGAACAAUCAGCUCCACCAACCCAUUCAUGCAGUAGGGUACUUCCUUAACCCUCGUUUUAGGUUCGGGGGUUCUUACUUAGAUCCGAAUGGAGAGGUCAUGAAGGGCCUCGGUACAUGCAUUGAGAGGAUGGUACCCGAUGUUGAGGGGAGAGAACUCAUUGUGAGUGAGCUCCAAAAUUAUGAGGGAGGAAGGGGUAAGCUAUUCUCUUCAGAGUUGGCUAGGAGAGGAAGAAUCACUCAAACCCCAGGUAUAACAUUUGCCAUUUGGAUUUUGGGAUCUAAAAUGAUUGAUAAAUUAUGUUUUCUCUUUUCUCUUUGCUUUCUAACUUUUCCAUUUUAUUUAUUUUGCAGAUGCUUGGUGGCAAAAUUGGGGUGGAAACACCCCAAAUCUCAAAAAAUUUGCCCCGAGAGUCUUAUGUCAGCCUUGCAGUUCAUCCAAUUGUGAGCGCAAUUGGAUCUUGUUUGAAGCAAUCCACACGAAGAAGAGGAGCAAGUUAGCAUAGAAACGACUCAAUGACCUUGUCUUCUUGCAAUUUAAUCUUCGAUUGCGUGUAAGGAAGGUAGAGGAUCUAGAAGGUGGUCCAAUUGACUUGGAUGAUAUAAAUCCUUACAGUGAUUGGACAUCACAGGAGCAACCUCCAUUGUUUUUUGACAUUGACAUCACUGAUUUGGAGAGGCAGGCUAUGGAGGAGGAGGGGGGUGGAUUUGGUUUCACGCAAGAUCACAUUGAGGAGGAAGAGGAUGAGGAUGAGGAUGAGGAUUCAUUGCCAGUGCCAGAAGCAGGUGGAGACAUAGCUUCAUCCAGGGUGGAGGUUGAGCCAGCCAUACCGAGCGAGGAGGCACAGUCAUGCCCACAAUAGACUUAUAGGACUAGACCCUCUAGUUCUACCUCUCCCCAAGUUUUUGCUAGAGCUGGGAAGAGGAAGUUGUAAUUGUAAUUUGUAAUGAUGUAUUUACUUUUGGUUUUACAAAAACUAUUUACUAUAUUGCUUUCAGGCUUCCAGCCAUCAACAUUCCUCACGAGGAUGCGAUUUUGUAGACACUUUGCAUUUAAAUAUAUCUAGAAUCAGCUUGUUUCUUUUGUGUUAUCAUUUAUUGACUCAUUGGAUGCAUCUUCUCAUUAAAUUUUGCAAAAAAAAUGCAUUUUAUACUAAAUUUAAGUGUGUUUUUAAGUUGCCGAGUUUUCGCCGAGUUUUUCCCAAGUUUUUCCCGAGUUUUUUUCCCAGGGGAUUGGCGAGUCGAGCCGAGUCACGAGUAGUCCAAAUAUGUGUAAUACUCUUCCUCCAUCCACAUACCAGUUUCUAGGACAAUGGUUUUCUGCUGCAUCAUUAUCAUAAAUUUCUAUUAUUUGAAAGCUUAUUUUAAUUUCCUUUGUUUCAUAACAUAUUUGAAAUCUUCAUUUUUAUCACAAUUUCAGCUAGAAUGGAUUGCUUGUUGGAUCUCUAAACCAAUUCUUUUUGUUGGCUUAGUGUAUUUCGUUUUCUACACUACACGUGAUUUUUUAAUAAUGCAAUUAAUCACAAACUGUUUUCAUCUUUUGGUUUUGUUGUUCUUAAAUGCAUGU